AUGAGCAGCGGCUAUGGCUCACUCUCUGCCUCCCAGCUGAACCCUGGCACCUCCAGCAGCAUCAGCAAGGGCACAGAACACAUGGAGGAAACUGCCCAGGGGCACAGGGAUGGAGCAGCCUUGCAGAGUCACACAGGUGUAGCCACUGCUCCAAGUAAAAGAGAACUUUUACCCCAAAACGUCGAGGAAAAUUGUUCAACAGGGAGAAAUGAUGUUUCAGCUUUUCCUCCUGACUUUGGCCAUAAAGCUGAUGAAGCUCAGUGUGGGAAAAAGCCCAGCAAAUCUUUAACGUCAUGGGCACAAAAGUUGAAACAUAACCAACCAAAAAGAGUAACUGCAGAUGAAGUGUGUGUGAAGUCUAUGCAAGAGAAUGGGAAAGGGAAGCAAUUACCACUUGAGAAUACAAACCUUACUGAUGCUGCUUUGCCACCUUACACUUUUUACCUCAAUCCACCGAAGGAAAGUCCAAAUUCCUUAGUGUCUGAAGCUUCAGGACUUUCCUACUGGAAGUCAGAUGAAAAGGAGAUGUAUCACUCUCUACCAGGGAAUUUCAGAAGUGAGUUCACUGAUGUUUUCUCCACAAAAGUAUCACCAGAUCAGUUGUCUUCUGCUGGUGAAAGGAAGUUGUCAUCACUGAAGGAUAUUUAUCAUAAAAGACAAAGGGAAAGCAAGCAGAUGCCAGACCAGAGUUUUAUGCCUUCUUCCCAGUCGAGUCACCCACCAGAGGUCCUGACCUUGGACCCAACCCUGCAUAUGAAACCAGGUCAGCAGAACCAGGGACUCUGUUUUUUCAAUAUUCGUGAAGAGACUGCUCCUUUUUCUCCAGACUCUAUGGUGGAACCUGGAUUUUCAAGUCAGUGUGACACAGACUCUUUUUCACAGACAAGUAAUUCGUCUCAGCUGGAUGAUUCUCCCAAACACCCUGCCAGCAGCAGAGCUGUACAUUUGGACCUCUGGAGAAAUCACUCCUUCCAGAGUGAAAACAAGCCCAGCUCUCCCUUCCCAGUGGCAUAUAGGGAUGCUGACAAUGAUAAUUUAGCCAACGCUGAGGAGGAAGAAACACUGACACUAACUCCAUCUUCUGUUACUCAGUGUGCUGACAACAGUUUGCCAGAUUAUAGUUUGUCAGGGACAUGUGUUGAAGAUCCUGUGGUAAUGUCAAACAUCAGGCAGAACUUGAGGGAGAAACACGCUCGGCACAUCGCCGAUCUCCGGGCGUACUAUGACUCUGAGAUCCAGAGCCUGAGGCAGCAGCUGGAGGAAAGCCACAGAAAUGCCUCAGCUGAGGACCUGAAGAGAAUCAAUCAAAGUCUUGCUGACAGGUGUGACCAGUUAGAUGCAGCUCUGACUGAAGCAAGUGCUCGCAUAAAAGACCUUGAAAGUAAGAAUAAUCUGCUGGAAAAGCAAGUGGCAGAGUGGAGAGAACGUUUCCAGGCCCUCAGCAACACUUCCAAGGUGCUCCAGGAACGCAUCGAGGAGAUGCGCACGACGCACAAGGAGAAGGACAACACCAUCAGUCGCCUCAGGUCCAGGCUCAGGGAGCUGGAAGAGGCUUUUGAAAAGGCUUACAAGUUGUCUGAUAAUAAAAACACAAGGCUGAAGGAAGAAAAUAAGAUGUUUCAAAACCUUUUAGGAGAAUACGAGUCCCUUGGAAAGGAACAUGAAAGAGUAAAGGAUACAUUAAAUACAACUGAAAACAAACUGCUGGAUGCAAACACACAGAUUUCUGACUUGAAAAGGACCAUUUUAAAACUUGAAGCUCAGCUCAAGCAAGUGGAACAUGAAAAUAUGCUGAAGCUUCGCCACGUGACCGAGAAUCGUCUGAGGACCUCUUGUGCCAACAAGUUGGGAACUCCUGAUGUCAGCAGGAGAAAAUGGUUGAUCCCAGGAGCAGAAUAUUCCAUCUUCACUGGCCAACCUUUGGAAGGGCAGGAGAGCCCCAAAGAUAACAGACUAGAAGAAACCUAUAUUCCCUCGAGGCACCAUUCUCCUCCUGAAAAAGAUUCCUCACAAGAAGAUUCUUCAACAAACACAAUAGAAAAGAAAGAAAAUGAGAUGUCAGAAGCACCAAUUAUAAAAGCCUUUAAGGAACUUGAAGAAGGAAAAGCAUUUAAAGAUUGGGGUACACAGACAGAAAAAGAAGAUGCACCAGCUAAAACAUCAACUCGACGUCAAACUGUUGGGUUUGUUGAAACUUCUUUAGUUGCUAACAGAUCCCCAGAGAAAGGUAAAGACCAACACAGGCCGAAACGAUUGAGCUCCCCUUCUGGCCAGAGGUCAUCGUCCCUUCCUCCUUCCAACAGGAAACCAAACACUCCAACAAGAGAGAUAAUGUUGGCACCAGUGUCUGUGACAUACAGCCCCAAACGAUCUCCAAAAGAAAAUCUCUCCCCUGGAUUUAGCCAUUUGCUUCGCAGAAAUGAAAACACAGUGACAAGGUUUGAUAUACUUCUAGAUGACCUGGAAACUGGUCCUGCAUCUACUUUACAGCACAAUAAUCCAAGGAAAAGGCUCCAGUUUCUCUCACUAGAUGAUGUAGAAGGAAGGCAACAUUCAGGUGUCAGGCACAGCUCCUGUGCUGAACCCAUCAACAACGGGAUGAAGAAAGCAGCAGCCUGGGAUGAGAGGAGCAUAGCUCAAAAAUAUGAGCCAGUGCUGUCAUCUUGUGAGGAAGACUUCAAGUACACAGCAAGGAUCACGACUCUGGCUGAAACUGAGAGGCUUUUUGACGAGCUGACUCAAGAAAAGCAACAGAUUGAGGCUGCACUGAGUCGAAUACCUUGUUCUGGUGGAAGAAUGACCUUGCAAGCAAGACUAAAUCAGGAAGCCCUGGAAGAUCGUUUGGAAAGAAUCAAUAGAGAUUUGGGGUCCAUACGAAUGACCCUGAAGAGAUUUCAUGUUUUACAUACCUCUGCCAACCUCUGA